AGUAGGUCAGCUUUUAACUAAAACUUGUUUACAGUACCUUCAAAAAGGCUUAGGCCCAAAUUUAUAGAAUCCAUGCUAUUAUCACAAGUGGAGGUUAAACAGACAAACAGUUUUUCUCUCUACAAACCAACACAUUCAGAAAUAUGACUCCUUUAACAUGAUGAAAAGUUUAUUGUGCUUCCUUUUUUUGCUUGUGUCUCAAACACAAGGUAGAGCAGUAACCCAAUGCGAUACAACUGACAGAACGACCUUAAAGUGUUUCUUUCCAGAAAACAUCAACUCUACACGCAAAAAUUUUGAAGUGUACUUUUAUCCAGAGAAAGGCGACGAAGUCGCGCUGGUUGACUGUAUCUGGGUAGUGAACGAGCUCCGUUGCAUCACACAGGAAGGCUUUGAGUGCAAGAAGCCUGUGUCAGAAGUUGCAGAAAUCAGUGUACCUGCAAGAUUUGUAAAUCAGUCUGGAACCUACAGAUGUAUACCUGAUGGUUACAGCACCGACAGCAUCCAACCCUGUCAGUUUUACCAAACCGAGAAUGAAAAGACGAAAGAAAUGUUUCCUCAAACGAAAGACAAGGAACAUUCUGCAUUCACAGAUUGCGAAGCAAGCAUAGCUUCGGAAGGAUCUCACGUAACUUUGCAGUGUAGGUUCUCGCUUACCAUUGACAGUUUCACUGUUCAUCAGCAUGCAAGUGUUUUGGCCAACUACACCAAAUCAGAAUGUCGAAACUCAGACAGGUGUGAAUAUAUGGUUGAAGACCCAUACGAAGUAUUCACCGUGAAGCUGGACAUGUUAGAGGAUCCAUAUGGCGAGUACCAGUGCCACCCAGGUCACAUGCCAUCGCUUUCGUUUGAUGUCAAAACCUGCAUCGUAACUAAACAGGAUGAAAGCUCAUCUGUGCCAGUUAUUGCGUUAGCAUUGCCUAUCGUCGUUAUCAUCAUCGUGUUGAUGACAAUAGUUCUGCUGGUGUUUCUCCGACAAAGAAGGAAAUACGCAAAAAUAAGGAGGAAAGCCAGUGAAGACUUCCAGAGAGGUCGAGUUUCAAAUGACUUUGUGUUUUUGUCCGUGUAGGAAACAGGUAGGUAGGGAACAAUGAAAGAAAUGUAUUUUCUUACUUUAGUGGUAUGCUAUCCAAAAUCUUGUUUCCUCGAAGAUGCAUGCUGAAUUGAAAAUCAAAAACGGAUGCCUCCAAAAAUAUCGAUCAGUUUUUCCAUCAAUAAUGAUGACUAGUUGACUAUUUUAUGUAUUUGCUUCUUUUCUAGUAAUACCACGAUUGCACUUUCCAAUAUUGUGAAUGACAAUACUGUUUAUAAAAAAGAAAUCAUUAUUUCUUUACUUUGUAUAACAACAACUUCAUAAGUUUUGCCACAGCCUCUCAUGUACCAUGAGGGUUGACUAUGUAAUGCAACAUUUUGUCAGUUCAAGUGAACAGUUUGAAAAAGCGUGAACUCUCGUUAGGCGUCCCAAGAAAAUGUUGUAUACAUGUUAUCUACAUUAUCAGUAUUGCUUCAUGUAAUAAUAAUAUUAUUUUGCUAUUGUGCAUUACAAUAAUGGUAUAUAUUUUAGACCAAUUUUUACUUGCAUUUUGGUGUGUUGUUGUGAUUUUUGAUAGGAUAGAAUACGGCGUUGAGCGCUGUUGUGAGAUGUUACGUGUUAUAAGCAUGAAAAAUAUUACUAUAACAUCAGCAUUAUUCUGCAAGAUCUGUGCAUUAUAAUAAUGCUGCCUAUGAAGGAUUUACUAUUCAUACUUUUAUUCGUGUGAUGAUCCUCAAAAAGGCGAGGCUAUGUUAUUAAUUGCAUUAUUAUGUGUAUCACAAAACUUUUUUGUUUCUAAAACUCUCUGCUAUUGUGGAGAGGUUGAUAAGAACUGGAAUGUAUUUCCAGCUUUAAUGUACACAGGGAAAGAGCGUUGAUCGCCCUUGUGUAGUGGUUAGUAGAUGCGCUGUGCAGGUUAUCAGCGUUAGUACUACUACCUGUAUUAUAAGUAUUAUUUUGUUUUUUCUCUCUUUUAAUUCCUGUUAAUAGUUUAUUUGUUCAUCCGCUUUGGUGUGUACUAUGAAAAAAGUGAGAAAUGAGGCAUAAGCUCCUUCCUGAAAAAGUUCUUUUCAAGUUAUCUGUACUAUUAGUAUUAAGUAUUAUCGUGAUUUUUUUGUACAUUAUGUACAUUAUGGAAAGGUCUUUAUGUUUAUUUUAGUUUUUUACUUGCAAUGUUUGCUUACUUUCAUGAAUCUUUUAAAUGAAAGGUAUACUUUGGCGUUGAUCGCCUUUUUUUGGGUAAAAUUCAAAUCUGAAUUUUUGGUAGUAUUAUUAAUAAUAGUAGUCUUCACAGUGUUGCUUAUUUUUAUGAUUUUCAAAAAUGCAGGCUUACUUGCUUGCCUAGGUGUUGUUUAUCACAACGCCUCUAAGUAUUUUAUUACUUGAAAAUAUUGUCAGCUUUAGUGUGUAAUAUCAAAUAGCUGUCAGAGCACUUGUUAUUGUUUAGCAAAUGCACUAUAGAUAGCAUUUACAUUUUAGUACUACUAUGUAUUUUAGAAUUCCUUCUGUGUUUUAAAAUGAUGUUUUGGUACAAAAAUGGUUCUAUCUUACUAUAAUUUUUCACUGCGUGGGGAUGGGGAUCUUGGGAGAAUGUGGAUAUGUGGAAGGUGGCUAAUAAUAAUCAUAACAACCAAGUUGGAUUUUAUGGUCGAUUUUUUUUCACUUGGAGUGACCUCCUUUGGCCUUGAUAUCUCUUGUGAUCAUUAAGAGAAUUUUGUAUACAACGUAUUUGAAUUAUUAGUAUUACUUCAUAUUUUAGUAUUUUUUGGUGUAUUAUAUUAUUUUUCCUGUGCUGGAGUUUACAAUUGUUUUAAUUCGAAAAGACAGAUUUACUCAGGCGCUGAGCGCCCUGUUGAAUCUGACGAGAACAGGUCGUGUAAUAUUAGUGUGACUAAUUGGAUUUUUUUUAUAAAUAAUAAUAAUAAUCAUCAUCAUCAUCAUCAUCAUCAUCGGUGAGUGGAUUUAGUCUUUUACUUCAUUGUUUUGUAAUAUGACGAUUUUCGAUAGGAGAGACUUACCUCCCUUGAUCAUCCUUGUGAGGUUGUACAUAACUGGAAUAUAAUAUUAGUUUAAGUUUACAAUGUUAAAAGGCAUUGAUCGUCGUUUUUGAGCGCUUAAAAAAUCGCUAUACAAAUAAUCUACAGAUUGGAGUUGACUAGAUGCAUUUUCAUUAUUGUUUCUGUGCAUUAUAAUAAUGGUUCACAUAUGGACGGUCGGUUUUACUUGAAAUUAGAUAUUCAAUAGUGGAGAAAUACUUUGGUGCUGAGCACCUUUGUAGGCGCAGAAGUCAUCGGUAUAACUAGUCUUACUAGUAGUAGACUUUCAUCACUAAGCAUUAUAAUUUUAUUCUUCAUGAAUUUUAAUGAUUAUGUCAUAUGAAUUAUACCUAACUACAUUAUUUAAUUAUGGUGUAUCAGAAAGAAUGGUGUAAAUCAUGACGAUCUUUAAAAUAUUAAUUGGAAUUACUUGCUACAUGUUCAAGAUGAAAAACUUACUUAUUUGGAUUUUUGUACAUUAAGACAUCUUUCGUCAUGCGUGCAAAGUCAAAACUUGAUUUAAUUUUUUUUGGAAAUGAAUGCAAAAGGGACUUUUUUCUAAUCAUUACUUUUACGAUGAAUACAGAAAAAACCACCAAUAAUCGCCUUUCGAAUUUUCUUAAGGAGAAUAAGGUAUCUUUGAUUUAUGUUUUUCGUUAUGAAUGCGAGAGAAAAGAUUUUAGUUUUUUUUCUCUAACUACAGGGAAACACACUUGUCAACAAGUCAUAUUUUUGGCUGUGGUAAUAAGAAAACAAACUUUUUCCACACGUCAUUUCUUCGCUACGAACAUAAGACAACUUGAUCUCCAAGGAACAAUAUUCGCUAGGAUUACAAAGGAAUCUCCAUCAAGUGAUUUUUCGCUUUGACUAAAUGAGAACAGACUUUCCCACAAGUCAGCUGUUGUCUAUGACUAUUGGGGAACCUUAAACAAGCUCAUUGUUUUUGCUAGUAUUACACGAGUACUCAUCAAUAAUAGUCGAGUGGUUAGAGAGGACUAGAGCAGCAGAGUUGUCGAGGAACAAACCUCUCCUUGUUGACCUGUGUGUCAAGACUAGUUUCCUGGCUUCAUAUAGGGCUGAGAAAAACUAAGGCAAGCUGGUCUUGAAGCAAGGUGAUUGAGUUUUCUACAAUUUUCCCUCGAAGAUACCAAUCUCCUCACCGCUAUGUGUACAAAAUCAAGAUCAAGUUUUUUUUUCUUUUUACUUGUUGAUGUGUAUUUAACGUCCACAUUUUUCAGACUUACAGAAUGAUGGUAAAGUCGAGGGACUUGCAUUAGCUUAAAUUUCGUUUUCGAAGCUUAUACUCUUAGUGUCCCAGAUUUUAUUCAGCCUCUCCGUUGCUGUCGUUGCUGGUGUUAGUCUUUGAGGAAUUCCCGCCAUGCAGUUGUCAUCUUUAGACAGCCUCAGACUCAUGUAUGAGUUUACAUCGUACAGGAAGAGCUUGCUUUCUAAAGACGAAGAACAACUAUUCUCUAUAAAACGUAUAUUUUAUAUGGAAGACAGUAGCAGAAAACUGUGUACGUAUUUGCGUCAGAGGGGCAUAAACUACGUUUUAAUUUUAUUCUUUAACCUUUAUGUUAAAAAUUUGUUAUUACUUGUACAGUUUGCUAUAAAGAAGAUAAACAAUGCUUAUAUUUCAUGAACUUGAUCAUGUUCUGAAAUACUCAUUGUUAUGAUUAUUUUGCCUUUUUAUUUUUUAAGUCGUAGGACAUUUCAAGUUACAAGUUUAGUCAGAAAUAAAAUUUUGUCAAAA